UCUCGUCUCGGCAGCAGGAGGGAGAGGUCUGGUGUGUCUCUGGUCUUGUCUUGCUGGUUUGUGAAGAUCCUCAACAUGCGUCUAAGAGUGCAGGUGUCAGUGGCCAUGCUUCUCCUCCUCGCCACCGCCGCCUCGCCCAAGACUCUGGAAGGCUCCUCCUCCGCGCCCACUCAGGAGGUCUCAGGCGAUUCUGCAGAGGUUCUGGGCUUCCUCAGGGACCUCGCAGCCUCCGCAGGGCAAAAUAAAGACUGGGUAGGGACGCUGAUUCUGCCCAAAGUCCUUCAGAAAGUCAAAGAAAAUGGGAAAGGCAUCAGUGAGGCUCUCGGCGUGAGUGAAGACUUCAUGAAGCCUCUGGUCAGACUGCUUGACGAGGUCCAGAAGUUGCAGGGCGGGGAGUCCCUCAGGGGCGGCAUGGGAGAGGCUGCAGGGGACGUGCUGACCAACAGCAUCGAGGGAGGGGAGGAGGAUCUGACCAGUAAGUUCCUGUCCCUGGCCAAGGAGAUCUUCCUGGAGGAGUACGGAGGCCUGGACGCCCUCCUGCCGCACUUCAGCCCACAGUCUGCCGCACAAGACCUCCCGGCAGCCCUGGCAGGCCUCAACCUCACCUCCGUCAACCUGUGGGAGGUGGUGCGGUCGACGUGGGCGCGCGUGCUGUCCUACGUGGAGGAACAGAACUCGCUGGAGUCCUUCCUGCAGCGCACGCCCGUCAGGAUCAUUGACCGCGCGCUGAGUCUCGGCGACGACCUCAACCUGGCCUCCUUCCUCGCCAAGAAGCUCGACCCGAAGUUCGCGGCGUUCCUGGCGGCCAGGGCGGAGCCGCUGCUGGGCCCGCUGCGCGACGCCGACUCGCUCGCCAACCUGACGCAGGCGGCGGGGCUCAGCGCCGCGCUGGACUACUUCACGUCUGAACGCGUGAAGCACACCGUGUACACGCUGGCGGGCCUGCUCUCCGCCCACCUGGAGGACCGCGUCAGCAGCGACGUGGCGCGCCAGGUGCUGGACCUCGUGGCGCGGGACAACGAGGAGCUGCGCCACUUCUACCAUUCCCUGGUUGGCGGCGCGGCGCAAUCUGGCGACGCAGGUCAGCCUGUCGGCGGCCGCGCCCGCAGGGACGUGCUGGACCACAUCAUGAGCGCCUUUGAGUAUGACGACCAGCAGCAGGACGCCGCCGCGCAAGACAGGGCGCUGCCCCAGGAUCAGCUGGCGCAGGAGGACACCCUCAGCCAGCACAUGCAGGAGAUCCUGCCGCGUGACGGGGGCUACAGCAGCGGGUACGGCGGUUAUGGCGGCGGGUACGGCGGUGGGUACGGGUACGGGUACAUGAGCACGCUGGAUCCCUACGUAGUGCUGGGCGCCCUGGCGCUGGGCACGCUGCUGGGCUUCCUGCUCUUCAGGCUCAUCAACGGCACGCGGCGCGGCAGGCGAGACAUCGGCGACGGCUCCCUGUCCCUCUGGCAGUCUGACCAACCCUUCUUCAGCAGUAACCGCGCCCUGCGGUCAGCGCGCGCCGCACCCGAUGGCCGCGAGGGGCCUGGCGCUGGACCCCGCCCUCCGCGGUAACGUGUGGUCGUCGGCGCCGCUGGUGGACGAUGAGACCUCGACGGGCCUGUCCCUGAUGGAGGACGACGUGGCGGACCACCUCAACCAGCUGUGGAGGGCACACCUCGGCAACGACUCGUCCAUCUGCGUGAAGAGCCGCCUGUGCAGCCAGCUGGUGGGGCCCGGGGCCGCGCACGCCGGCCUGGCGCUGCUGCUGUCCUCCACCGCCGGCGUGCUGGGGCGUGGCGGGGUCAGGCCAGCUACUGGAUGACGUGACGGGCAGCCAGGCACGGGGCAGCACCUACUCCUGCCCCGCCGCCGCCUGCUCCCUGCCCCUCUAGUGACACUCGUCUUAACACCCAACAAACAACAAACACCUACGUGGAUAUGGAAGAUUUCUGUAAGUCUCCCCUCUUCAUUACUAAAUUUUCUUCAAUUAGGGUAAAUAAUAUGCUUACAGAAAACGAGCUGACAAUUGGGAUAACUAUACUAAGCUAUUCCGAGCCAGGAGUUUGCACCAUUGCGUUGACGAGUGGUUUUGUUAUGGCUAUGACUCGGAAUGUGACCAUGUUAUUACUCAAGUACCUGCCUGGUGUGUGUGUGUGUGUGUGUGUGUGUGUGUGUGUGUGUGUGUGUGUGUGUGUGUGUGUGUGUGUGUGUGUGUGUGUGUGUGUGUGUUUGUGUGUGUGUGUGUGUGUGUGUGUGUGUGUGUGUGUGAGAGAGAGAGAGAGAGAGAGAGAGAGAGAGAGAGAGAGAGAGAGAGAGAGAGAGAGAGAGAGAGAGAGAGAGAGAGAGAGAGAGAGAGAGA